UGGUUACUAGUCAAGUCAAUUAUGUUGAUUGGUCAUAAUAAUUUUUUCGCUGAGUAACAUAUAAUGCUUGAAAAAUUUUCUUUGUGUAUUCAUUUAUUUUUUAUUUUCUUGAUAUGGAUCCAUUAAAUGACACUCUCAUUCCAAAUCAACAAUUAAGCUUGCCCGAAAAAUAUGCACAUUUAACUCCGGAAGAGUAUAUUCAGGCAUUAAUAGAUUUCAUUGAGAAGCAUCGUCGAUGGACGACAUCCCAUGUUGUUGACUUUAUUACUCUAAAUCAUUGGGAGAUUUUGCCUGAAAAGUGGCGUCAUGUACUAUUACCAACAAAUGAAUCCAUAAAUGAAGAUGAGUGGGUUGAUUCAAUUAUGAAAAUUACAACUGGAUCUAAUAAUGAACAAUGGCCAGAAUCUUUACGAACAUUUAUUAGAGAUGCACAGGAAAUUUCAUUACCUAGAAUUACUAACAUAAAUCAAAUUAAAAGUGAACUACAUAAACGAAUUUUAGCUGAUAUACAAAUAAAGGUUGAGCGUAUGACACCUGUCAUUCAUAAGAUUGCCAAAGAUCAAAAUGUAAACUCUAUUGUUGACUUAGGCGCAGGACAAGGAUAUCUAUCAAGAUCACUUGCAUUUAAAAAUCACUUUAAAGUAUUAGCCGUUGAUUCAUCAGAAAUUCAAACUUGUGGAGCCAAAAAAUUCGACAAAAAAGUAAUCAAGUCGUUGGGUGAAGAUGUGCUAAAGUUACACCAUGUUACAGAUUUUAUUACACCUGAUAAUGCAUCUCAUAUAUUAUCUAAAUGGAGCAGUAGUCAUCAAGAUGAAAAAUGGCUUCUAUGUGGUUUACAUACGUGUGGUGACUUGGCAACAAUGAUGUUAAGACUAUUUACAUCAAGUCCAGAAAUGACUUGUUUUGUUGAUGUAGGUUGUUGCUAUCACUUUUUAACAGAGGACUUAGAUAGUAGAAAAGUAGUGAAAGAUACAGGGUUUCCUGUGAGUCACUAUGUUCAGAAAACAGGGUUUAAAUUGGGCUCUACUGCAAAAAUGCUUUCUUGUCAAGCUCCUGCCAGAUGGCUCAAUAAACAAAAUGAAACCUUAGAAGCUUAUGAACAUCACUUUUAUAGAGCAUUACUACAUUUAAUGAUGGUAGAAAAAGGCUUAACAGAUAUAUCUGUUGCACCUAUCAUUGGGCGAUUAAAUAAAAAGAAAGAUUUUGUUUCUUUCCCUAUCUAUGUUAAGGCAGCCCUAAGAAGAUUGAAUAUUCCUGAAAAUACCUUUUCUGAUGAAGAAUCAGAAAAUUAUUAUAAUAUAUACAAACAAAAGCAAGUAGACAAACAAAUUAUUAUCUUUUGGACAUUGCGUGUAUUAUUAGCUCCAGUAAUUGAAAGCCUUAUUCUUAUGGAUCGUUGGUUAUACUUGUAUAAUACAAUUGAAGACAGUCCAACUAAAAAUGUAUGGCUAUGGCCCCUUUUUGAUCCUGUUAUUUCACCAAGAAACAUGGUUUUGGCUGCUACGAAAUAAUCAAUCCUAUUCAAUCAUAUUCGUUAUAACAAUUAAUAGUAAAGUUUUUUUUUAUAAUUAUAAUUAUUAUUAUUAUUAUUAUUAUUAUGGUAUUGGAAUUUGUGUAAGCACGUUUUCUAUU